CAGAACGGUGAGGGGGUUUCUGGUGCGCUUGAGUGGAAAUCCAGACCAAGGAAAACUCUACAACCUUUGAAGAGAACGCAUCUACUCAAGAAAAGCCAAAGGAUUACAAAAUGACCACGAGAACAAGCACCAGGCAGUCUUCCUCUUACAAGAGGAUGUUCGGCGGGGAGAGACCCGUGAUGGCACGGUCCACCUAUUCAAGCCGCCAGUACUCGACUCCGAUCCGCUCAAGGACCUCUUACAGUGUCUCCUCAGCGCCGGCUAUCUACGCGACCAAGACCACCAGGCUCCGCAGCAGUGCCCAGAUGCCCAAGCUGGCUUCGGAAACCUUGGAUUUCGCCCUGUCCGAUGCCAUCAACACCGAAUUCAAAGCCAACCGCACCAAUGAGAAGGCGGAGAUGCAGCACCUCAACGACAGGUUCGCCAGCUACAUCGAGAAGGUGCGCUUUCUAGAGCAGCAGAACAAGAUCUUGUUGGCGGAGCUUGAGCAGCUGAAGGGCAAAGGGACCUCCCGCAUCGGAGACCUGUACGAGGAGGAGAUGCGCGAGCUGCGGCGCCAGGUGGACCAGCUCACCAACGACAAAGCCAGGGUCGAGGUGGACCGGGACAACUUGGGAGAGGAUAUUGAGCGGCUCAGGGAGAAGCUCCAAGAGGAGAUGCUUCAGCGAGAAGAGGCCGAAAAUAACCUGCAGAGCUUCAGACAGGAUGUGGACAACGCCUCUCUGGCCCGCCUGGACCUGGAGCGCAAGGUGGAGUCCCUGCAGGAGGAGAUUGCCUUCCUGAAGAAGCUACACGACGAGGAGAUUGCCGAGCUGCAAGCCCAGAUGCAGGACCAGCACGUCCAGAUCGACAUGGACGUGGCCAAGCCCGACCUGACGGCCGCUCUGCGUGAUGUCAGGCUGCAGUACGAAAACCUGGCCGCCAAGAACAUCCAGGAGUCCGAGGACUGGUACAAGUCUAAGUUCGCCGACCUCUCUGAAGCUGCCGCCCGAAACAAUGACGCCAUCCGCCAAGCCAAGCAGGAGGCCAGCGAGUACCGCCGCCAGGUGCAGGCGCUCACCUGCGAGGUGGAUGCCCUCAAGGGAACCAACGAGUCCCUGGAGAGGCAGAUGAGGGACAUGGAGGAAGGCUUCAACCUGGAGGCCUCCAACUACCAGGACACCAUCGCCCGCCUGGAGGACGACAUCCGCAACAUGAAGGAUGAGAUGGCCCGCCACCUGCGCGAGUACCAGGACCUGCUCAACGUCAAGAUGGCGCUGGACAUCGAGAUCGCCACCUACAGGAAGCUGCUGGAGGGAGAGGAGAGCCGAAUCACUACCCCUCUUCCCAACUUCUCCUCCCUCAGCCUGAGAGAGACCAUGCUGGAGCCCUCCAGACCAAUGAUUGAAAACAUGUCCAAGAAGGUUGUGAUAAAGACCAUUGAGACCAGAGACGGUCAUGUGAUCAACGAGUCCACCCAGCACCAUGAUGACCUGGAAUGAGCCGCUGCUUGGGGGGGAGGAGGAGGUCGAGGAGGAGACGUAGGAGUGGAGUGGGCGUGAUGGGGAGCGCUGGAGGAGGGUUAGGAGAGCGUGAGGGAGGGGGGGAGUAGCUCUGAGUUUUUGUGAGAGAAAUACAAAAAAAGAAACACAAAAAACAGACAAACAUACAAACAAAGAAAAAAAAGCUUUAAAAGUGCCUUUUUUUGCCAUAAUAAUGAGACAGCAGCUAGGAUUGUGUUAGGGACAAAUAGACGCUGUAGGACAGGGGGAGUACAGCUUUCCUGAAUGUUACCUUUUACUACGAUGUCCUUAGUUUAUACUCAGACAGCAAGAGCAUAGCAAUACUUUGGGCAGCAGCAAAAAUUCUUUGUUUUUAAUUUACCAAAAUUUUGAGUGGAACAGCUUUUUUUCGUUGUUGUUUCCAUACAAAAUGUACGCAAUAAGAUGACCUGUCACGGCUUCCGUACGUCAAUAAACCUUUUGGAAAAAGAA